CGAGCCUUGGUCUUCUGUAUUCCGUCGGUUGGUUGGGCGCGUGACUGAGAAGUCAGACAGUCGCAGUCUCAUAGGACAGCUAGCAACAGUCGUCAGUGGCAGAGAGCAGAGGUAAAGAAGAAGCGUUACAACAUCAUGCAUACAUCAAGAUUGCAAGCAAACUUCAACUUCAAAAAACAGGUUUCGCGGCGCAACAAGGGAGGCGAAUUCUGCAGUAUUGCGCACAGACUUUCCAGGGAAGAGGAAAUACCCUACAAUGGAACACAACAAUAUUCCGGUAUCGCUGCGACUCGAAAUGAUGCAUACUAUCAAGACCAUUACUUUACCAACCCAGUGGAUCAAAAUGUUUCCGAAGAACAUCUGCAGCUGAAAGGAAGAAUCUCCUACGAACGCAGACUCAAGAUUAUACGAAUCUAUGGGACUAUCUUCCCAGCCUUCUGUACCCAUAGUAAUCUGCCCGUAACCGACCGGAUUGGGAAGUUAAAUCUAUUCAAAGCGACCUCGAGUCAUGUGAGUUCUGUAACGCUUGUUACUAUCUGCAAUAUUUGCCAUACCUUUUAUAAAUGCUUCUGUGGUUACAAG